AUGGCAACUCGAGGUAGCUUGCAAGAGUUCAAUGCAGCUACUGAGUUCAAUGCAGCUACUGAUUCCAUCACACAAUACUUGGAGAGGGUGGAUCUGUACUUCACAGCUCAAAGAAUACAGGACGACUUGAAAGUAGCAACUCUACUAUCGUCCAUUGGAGCGUCGACAUAUGCUAGACUGAGCGACUUGUUGUUACCCACAAAGCCUAGUACCAAGACAUUGGCUGAGCUCACGGCCCUACUGCAAAGACACUAUGAACCUCCACGGAUAGUGAUCGCCGAACGCUUUCAGUUUCGUACCAGAGUCCAGAAGGAAGGAGAAAGUAUGGCUGAGUUCGAUGCAGCGUUGAGGAAACUAGCAAUCCACUGUGGAUUUGCGGGAGACAGACUGACAGAAGAACUUCGAGAUCAGAUCGUGGUGGGAUUGCGGAAAGAGACGGACAGGAAGAGGCUAUUGACAGAAGCUGACCUGACGUACAAGCGAACACUUGAAAUAGUGCAAGCAUCUGAGUCUGCAGAGAAGACCACGAAGAGCCUUCGAAGACACGACACAAGUGAAGUCUUGUAUACGUCAAGGAAACAGAAACACCAGAAAUCAAGCAAAACACCCCCGCAGGAUCAGCCAAGAGACUGUUAUCGCUGUGGUGGUAAACAUCAGCCAGCAGUGUGCAAGUUUAAGGAAGCGGUAUGUCACUACUGUAAGAAACCUGGCCACAUUGCAAGGGUAUGCCGAGCUAAGGCAAAACAAGAAAAAGGAAAGAAACCUACUCAUCACAUGGAGCACAGCUACGAGUCUGAUGACAGUGUAAACCUGAUCAAUCAUGUGGAAGAAAGGAACCACCACCAACCACCAUAUGUGGUACAUGUGUCACUGAAUAAGGUUCCUAUGGAAAUGGAAGUGGAUACUGGUGCAGCGAUGUCGCUGAUCAGCAACGAAACAUUUCGACAACUUCAGAAGAACAAAACGUCUCAACAACUCCGAAAAGUCGCAUUGAAACCUACGACGAUACGACUACGUACGUACUCCGAACAACAGCUGGUUGUGCUAGGAACACUAAAAGUACAUGUGAGGUACGAGGCACAACGAGCUGCUCUGUCAGUGCUAGUAGUAGAAGGUUCUGGACCUAGCCUAUUGGGUAGAGAUUGGCUUAAGCGUCUCCAAUUGAAUUGGAAGGAAUUGGCUGCUAUCCAUUACACACACCAGUACCCGCCAUCUGUUGAGGAAACCCUCAGUAAACACAAAGGUGUAUUCAGUCCAGAGCUAGGAAAAGCUGCCCACAUUGAAGCAAAGUUACAAGUGGAGCAAGAUGCAACUCCUACAUUCUGCAAGGCAAGAACGGUUCCGUACGCCUUACGUGAGAAGGUGGAAAAUGAACUCAAUCGAUUAGAAGCAAACGGAAUCAUUGAACCAGUGAAGUUCUCUAACUGGGCUGCACCUGUGGUCCCAGUGUUAAAACCUGAUGGAUCGAUAAGAAUCUGUGGAGAUUACAAGCUAACAGUCAACAAAGCGGCUAAGCUUGACCCUUACCCUCUACCCAAAAUCGAAGACCUCUUUGCUCGACUAGCAGGGGGGAAGAAAUUUACCAAGCUAGAUAUCGCUCAUGCGUAUCAGCAGAUUCCUUUGGACUCUUAG